GGCGGCGGCGGCUGGUGAGUGCUCUGCCGGGGCGGGAGGUCUCCCCGAGUCCGCCCUCCGUCCUGGACCCGGCGGCCGAGCGGCGCCGGUCCGAGAACCCGGGGCUCCUGAACUUGGCGCUGGAAGUUCCCCCUGCCCGGGUCCAGUUUCUGGGUGCGCGCCUCCGGCCGGUGAACAACAGCGCGUGGGCAGGCCGGCGAAUGGGAAAGUCUGGCCGGGGGGGUCUGUCACAGCUCAGCUUCCGCAGCACAUCGCCCGUGUUACUGGACACCUGUCCCCUCUGUACCCGCCCCCGGCGCCCCCAGGCUGCUCCCGCGAGCGGAGCCAUCCGAGACUGCAUGGAGAUCCUGCAGAGGAAACUUCGUCCAGGUGACUAGGGAUCAGGAUCCACGGGCUCCUGAUGACCGAUCAUUUUCCCUAAAGCAAUGGCAUGGACCAAAAUGAGAAAUUCUGUCGCUGAUUGCAAAGUGAAAAGGAAGCAGGCAACAGACUGAGGGCUGCCGAGCAAAAGAUGGACCCCUGUGAAGACCUGGAAACGUCCAGCGGUAAAUCUCUGGACUCCAGAGGGACCGAACCUCAGGAAUUUGAAGGACCACAGGCCUGCGGCUCUGAGGCCCUGGGGAGAGGAAACGAGGAGAUGUGGAGCCGGAAAUCCCACCUGCAGAGCCCACACGUGGAGAACAGCAACAGUGAACAGCAAGAUCGAAACAGAGUUUCUGAAGAACUUAUAAUGGUUGUGCAAGAAAUGAAAAAAUACUUCCCAUCGGAGAGACACAGUAAGCCAAGCACCGUGGAUGCUCUCAACUACGCCCUUCUCUGCAUACACAGCGUACAAGCAAACAGUGGGGUUUUCCAGCCUCUCAGUCAGAGUGGAGCACCUCAAGCAGCUGCGACCGCAUACAAUCUUGAGGAGCUGGCCACGGCUGCCUCGGGGUACACUUCCAAAAACACAGAUACCUUUGUGGCAGUGUUUUCAUUUCUGUCUGGAAGGUUAGUGCACAUUUCUGAACAGGCUACUUCAAUCCUGAACUGUAAGAAAGACUUCCUGGAGUCUUCGCACUUUGUGGAACUGCUUGCUCCCCAAGAUGUGAGGGUUUUCUGUGCACACACUGCCCUCGCUCAGCUUCCCCUCUGGAGCAACUGGACCCAAAGAGCAUCUCAGUACAAAUUCGCUCCGGUGAAAUCCUUUUUCUGCAGGAUCCGGGGAGGCCAAGACACAGAGCAAGAAAAGCAUUACUACCCAUUCCGUAUUAUCCCGUAUCUGAUGUAUGUACGUAGCUCCACCCAGCUGGAAUCUGAGCCCUGCUGUCUCACCCUGGUGGAGAAGAUUCACUCUGGUUAUGAAGCUCCUCGAAUCCCAGCAGAUAAAAGAAUUUUUACCACAACACACACCCCAGGCUGUGUCUUUCUUGAAAUAGAUGAAAGAGCGGUGCCUCUGCUGGGUUACCUACCUCAGGAUCUGAUGGGAACGUCUGUCUUAGCAUAUCUGCACCCAGAAGAUCGUUCUCUCAUGCUUGCCAUACACCAAAAAGUCUUGAAGUAUGCAGGCCACCCUCCCUUUGAACACUCACCCAUUCGAUUUUGUACUCAAAAUGGAGAUUACGUCAUCUUGGACUCCAGCUGGUCCAGCUUUGUGAACCCAUGGAGCCGGAAGGUAUCGUUCAUCAUUGGUCGGCAUAAAGUUCAAACGAGUCCACUGAAUGAGGAUGUUUUUGCUACCAGAAAAAGAAAGACGAACAGUAAUGACAAAGACAUAACAGAAUUACAAGAACAAAUUCACAAACUUCUCUUACAGCCGCUUCACCUGAGCGCCUCCAGCGGCUACGGAAGCCUGGGCAGCAGCGACUCGCAGGAGCCGCGCGUCAGCCUCGCGGCGUCCAGGGAGGCCGGCGGACCCCGCGCCGAGGCGGCGCGCAGGGAAGCGCUGACUUUGCAGCAGGUCUGUGCCAGUGUAAACAAAAUUAAGAAUCUAGGUCAGCAGCUGCACAUUGAGUCAGUGGCCAAGUUACCAGAUGAGCGACUGACGGGGACGCGCACGGGACGGCCUGGUGAUGAACAGAAGGCCUCAUCUGCCUUCCAGACGUUGAAAAACAAUAGCGUGCCCACGGAGUCUUGCGAAGACUGGAGAGAAGACCAGCAUAGCCCAUCCUAUCAGCAAAUAAACUGCAUUGACAGUGUUAUCAGAUACCUGGAGAGCUACAGCAUUCCAGCUUUGAAAAGAAAGUGCAUAUCCUGUACCAGUACAACCUCCUCGUCCUCAGAAGAAGCCAGCCCGAACCACAAGGCAGAUGAUGCCGCAGCCUUGCACGCAGAAGUGAUUCCAGCAGAGGAUGCUGCCCCAGCGUGUGAGCCCUGGACCCCACGCGCACACCCAGCUCCACUGACCUCAGAAGAAUUUAAACACAUAGGGCUCACGAAGGCUGUUCCGUCAGCCCACACCCAGAAGGAGGAACAGAAUUAUAUUGAUAAAUUCCGGGAAGAGAUCCUCUCAUCACCCUACAGAUCCUGUCUUCAGCAAGAGAGCAGAAACAAAGCUAAACAUUCGUGUGUUCAAGGAGACUCUGCUUCCAAGCGGGCCCGAUCAGCUGGCUGCACGAAGGAGAAGCACAGACGAAAGAAGCCACGGGGACUGUGGGACCGCAGGGUCGCUCAGAACACCUUCGGUCCCCGCUUGGGAGGAGAUGGCCAGUACAGGCAGCCCUGGGGCCCUUCCCUUGCCUCCUCUCCGCAGGCCUCCAGCCUGUCCUUCCCGGCUGCCCUGAUGGUUCCCAGCCUGGCUCCUUACCUCAUCCCGGCCCGCCCCGCCCCGGCCCUGCCCUCUGUGGGAAGAGAGCACGCAGCGUCGCUGACCACGCUUGACCUGCUGCCUAAGCCCCCUUUAUGGAACGACUUGCAGUCUUUUCCUGCUCUCCCUUCUCCUUCCUUAGAUACUGUGAUGACCAUUUUCCUGCCUGACCCCCCUGGCUGUCCCCUCUUGUCACCAUCCUUCGGUCCAUAUGCGUUCCUGGGAGCAGCGGGCUCUUCUGGAACACCGCCCCCGGUAUCCGCAGUGACUCCACACCUGGAGCCGCCGUCCUCCGUCCUCAGCCGGAGGUGGGCAGAGGGAAAAUGGGAGACGCCGUGUGGAGAGCACCUGUGCGUUAACUCAAGGAGCAGCUCACCACUGCAGCUAAACUUACUGCAAGCAGACAUGCUCAGAUCCUGUGAAUCUUCAGAUCAGAUGAGAAGGGAUAUAUGCCCGGAAGCUAAGUAUUGUGUCCCGGGCAAUAGUGGGAAGAAGAGCCAUCGUGCUACCACCAGCGAACUGUCCACGGCAUCACUAUACGAGGAGUCGCUGUCUGCAACGGGCUCUGUGGCAUCAGGAAGCAAUGACAGCAGUAUGUACUUCGCUAGUACUGAUUAUUCUUCUGAAAUCACCUCAAACGGGCAGCAGUCUCAGGAUGUACAAAAGGAAACAUUUCCCAGUUUAGCUGAAGAGUCCAUGUGGAGAAUGAUAAAACAAACUCCUGAGUGCAUUCUAAUGACAUAUCAGGUACCUGAGAGGGUGACAGAGGCUGUCCUGAGAGAGGACCUGGGGAAGCUGGCGGGCAUGCGGGGGCAGCAGCCCUGGUUCUCACGUGGGCAGAGGGAGGAGCUGGUCAAGGUGCACUCCUGGAUUCAGAGCCAGACGAUCCCUCAAGGAAUAGACAUCCAAAUGACAGUACGUCAUGCUGCCCGCUCUUGUUCUUUCUUGGAGGGCCGCAGCACUUGCGAGAGCCAAGACUCCCUCGGUGACGCCACAGAACCCCGUGGUCAAGCUCCAGCAGCGAGCAGCGGUUGAGUGGCCCUGGAGGCGUGCCCGCCAGGACCCACUGGACAACCAGACCUCUUCAUGUGUCUCUUUAAACCCCGACUCUAAGUGACCGUGAUGUUGUCACUGAAUGUUAAGAUUUUCCCUUCUUGAUUUUUUAAUAGGCAUCGUUUCUCUGGAGCAGACGUCACACAUAUAGUCCUUUAUGUCCAUGUUCCUGGAGUCUUACAGCUGUCAGUUAGGUUGUUUUCUAGUGUAGCCAUCCUCUGAGGAGAUCGGAUGGCGUCUAGAGAGGUGUGUGCACAGGUGGCACCCGAAAUCGACGGUAGUCAGAAGUAUAGCCAGAAAGAGCCCCGAACCUUGGCCUCCUUCAUUUCGUUCUGUUGUUACAGAAAUCAUUUUCCCUGUGAGAGCACUUGACAUCCCACCUGCAGGCCAUCUAGUUUUCAGAAUGGUUCCCAGAGAUGUAGUACUUUCAUCUGGUCCUUGGGCAGCUUGGCGGGUCCUUUGGCAACUCAAACAAAACGUUCUCAUUUGCCCACAACAUGAGUCGCUUCUAUAUUUACCAGUAGUAACAAAUACCACCCAUCAGUGCACCGGACAUAUCUGCUUGUUGGGGUUGGAUUUUGAGCUUUGUUCAUGUGGACGCUUUUCCUUUUAAUUUUCCACCUUCCACUGAAAUUCCCAAAGUCGUGCCUUAACAAUCUACUUACUGUGAGCUUAUUUGUCAUAGAGUUGAAGUUAGCUUUUGCAUGUGUGACAUUAAAACAGAAAGAGCUCCUCAGUCAACCAGUGGUAUUCCCCGUUCUAGUGUUUUCAGUUUUAAAAUAAUGACUGUAAAAAGUUUCAGAAGUCAUGAAAAAAUAAUUGGUGUUUAAAUGUUGUCUCACCCAAAAUUAACAGUUAACUCUUUCUUCCCAACCAAUUUACACACAAGAGGUCUGGCCAUCCUUAUCGGAGGUCUGUAAGUGCCGUGACAGGCUGCGUGGGGACAGCAGCGGUCCAUGGGGACAGCCGCGGCCCGAGGGAGCUCUGCUGUCCUCGCUGGAGUGCAGAAGCAGCCAGAGAUCAGUGCUUCCUAUGCCAGCCAUAAUUGUGUCUUCUAGGAAGUGAAUGGGUUGUUUGCUUGAUAAGUUAGCUGCCUGUUCUUUAGAGAAGUCCAUGAUUCCUGCCCAGACUCAGUAUGACCCACGCAGAUCAGAAAGAGGACUAGAAGCAAGUGAAGGAGCAGUAACCUUUUAUCUUUUAUAUAAUAGACUGAUUUUUCUUUUUUGUUGUUUGUUUUGUUUUCUGUUUUAAGAAAACACUCUUCCUCCUUUCAAGUUUUAUACUUUUUUAUAAAAGUGCAUCCUGGUAAUAAUUAGGAGACUCAACCUUUUUAUCCAUGAUUCCAUGGUGACUGCUGGGCCCUGAUUCUUAGUUCCUAUAGCUCAGGUUUCCUUUCUAAAGUAGGUUUUCCUGGAGGGCAAUUCUGUGUGUUGGAGCCAUUUUCAAAUGCUAAGCUGUUCCGUGCAGCUACUCCAGUGUUAGACUGGGGGGCUCUCAUAUGCUACUCCAUCCUGAUCGCGGAGUGAUUUCAGAGCCCUCGUUGUAUUGGUUAGGUUGUGUGGUAUUUUUGCCCUUGGUGAAAAAUCAAAUUUUAAAAAACUAACCAGCCAAGAUAUUAUCCAUCAAUGUACUCAUCAUGACCUUCUGCAGGGACAAAAAUUUUAAUUUGUAUAAAUGAGAAAUGUUGUGUGGCUGGCAGAGGUCACUCAGCUUUGUGCAGCACGUUUUAUACCUUAUAUUCUCCAAUCAUGGAAGAACCUCUUUUUCAUUCUUUCUGGAUAUUGGUUUUAUCUGAAUUUGCUGAUCUUUUUGCUUUAGUACACAUUUUAUGGAGUGCAUAUUAUGCCAGACUUGACAUGAAACUGGUGCUUGUUGUAGGCAGAUCUGUAAUACCGUUGAUAACUUUCAUAUGUUGACAAGUAGAUUAGUUGGCGUGUUUAGGGAGUGGACCGUGACGCUCGCACUGCUGGAGAAAUGAGACUCGGCAGUGAGCUCAGCUGCUGCCCCCCGAGGGGGCUGUGCCCACUUUUACAUUUGUUCAAGUUUAUUAACUUUUUGUAUUAAGAACUACAGAAACUGGUAAUAAAAAUGUGUAUUAUAGGCUUCCAUGUUUACAUAAAUGUUACCCAAAAAGCUGCAUUUUCUUGGGUAAGAGGUCAGGAUUUAUGGAAAACGGAAUGCUGUGUGAAUGGAGUUGUUUUGCAAUUAAGUAAAACUUCAUUAGAAUUCACAAGGUAAAUUUAAUCUAAAUUGAAAUUUCAUUUCAACUGAAUUUAUAAUUAAUUGUGUUAAUUUACUUGUUUUUAGUGGUUAUUAAUAUUUCAACCAGGUAUCUUUUUCAAGUAAAAACAAACUGUGUACAUGUAGA